AUGGAUAAUUAUUCCGUGGAUGCUGUCCAGAAUGAGGCUUCGAUGAUGAGAAGUAAGAUAGCAAUGUACGCCAUGAACGCUGGCGACGGACCUCUUAGCUAUGCUCGAAACUCCUCCUACCAGAGAGGAGUGGUGGACAUUGCAAAACGUAUCAUCGAGCAAGAGAUCGCCGCAAAGCUAGAUGCCAAACCCAACGCCUCUUUCAACAUGGCCGACUUUGGGUGCUCUACAGGACACAACUCAUUUCCCGUCAUGCAGUUCAUUUCCUCGGCCAUUGCGCGAAAUACCAAAAUUACCCCUGACAUGUACGUCUUCUUCAACGACGUCACCACCAACGACUUCAACACCCUUUUCAAGUCCCUCCCACCUGAGAGGUUGUACAGUGCUGUGGGGCUCCCCGGUGACUUUCACUGCCGUCUAUUGCCAGAAUCGUCCCUCCACUUUGGUUACUCGUCGUGGUCCCUACAGUGGCUUACUGCGGUCCCAAAGGCAGUGAAAAACAAAGGCCGGAUUUUUUACGCAAAGGAUAGAGAGGAUGUUUGUGGUGCUUAUUUGGAUCAAUACACAAAAGAUGUCGGAUUGUUUUUGGAGUCUAGGGCAGUUGAGAUGGUGCAUGGAGGGUUGCUGGCCCUAUUGGUGCCCGGUGUGCCCGAGUAUUGGGACCCCGACAAAGAAUACACUAUUCCUUCCGAUCUCAAUCUUAUGGGAUCUUGCCUUGUCGACAUGGCCAAAAAGGGAAGAUUCAGUGAAGAAAAAGUAGAUUCUUUCAACCUCCCAUUCUACUUCACCACCCCACAACAGUUAAAGGACAUACUAAAAAGGAAUCGAAGUUUCGCAGUUGAAAGAGUGGAGAUUUUGGACAACCCGGGAAAGUACAGCUUGUCGGGGGUAGAAUCCCGGGCAGCCUUUUUCCGGGCCGUCCAUGAAAGAAUGAUGACAGACCACUUUGGAGGUGGGAUCAUAGAUGAGUUGUUCGAUCUUUAUGCAAAAAAACUUGUUGCUUCACCGGUUUUUAUCAACCCGAACAACGAUAGAACCAUAAUGAUCCUGGCAAUCCUUAAGCGCGUAACCAAUUAA